CAUCAUCUCUAUCCUACCGCCAGCGACACAAUCGACAUAUAUAAUCUUCAACGUAGCAUCGCAUUCGAUCUGAAUUUCAAGAUAGUAACUUCGAUUCGAGCAAGUAGAUCCAACAUGUGGGACUGGCAACCAUAUGUGACGGGAUCCAUAAUACGGAGUGUCCUAUCCGGUCUCGUAAUUCUUCCCGCCUUGGGAUUCUCCGUACUUGUCCUGCGUAAGCCCGGUGCCAAGCACGACCAUACACGCCGAUGGGUCGACUUCACCAAGGUUGCCCUGGGACUUUGGAGCAUAUCUUCACUUCUCAGCCUCGUGUACUGGAUUAUUCUCGCAGUCUCUUACUCUAGGCGACAGAACGGCGGUUAUUUUCCCUAUCCGGCUGGUAUCGACUACCUCAUUUACGUCGGCGGACUGAUCGGAUACCUGGGCAACGUGGCCCUUCUUCUCGCUUUCUUUUCCUUAGCUCAUGCCUUGACACAGCUUCGCAGCGGCGCCGAGAGUGAUGAUUCCAAAGCCUAUCACGUCGGCAAAAAGGUCGUACUCGGUCUGUCGGCUCUGAUUACUCUCGUAGCUGUGGCCAUUUUUGCCUGCAUAGUCGCUGCGGCGGUCUUACUCGAAAUCCUUCCUGGCAGGGAUCGGUAUGUCCCGGGCGAUUGGGACAACGCGAUGAGGUUGGGUUUUGCCGCCGAAUACAUGGGAGUCAUCAACAUCGGGUUUCUCCUUGUUGCGGCCCUUGGUUUGGCUGGUUAUGCCUUCGUAUCCUUCAAGGCCUCCAGGGGCAGUCCUACCCAGACGGCGGCUACUCUGUUGCUCAUUGCAGUCUCUCUCUGGCUCAUAACCAGAUUAUGGAACUUCAUCUCCUGCAUCAUGGCGGUGACAGGUUAUUAUUGGGUCUAUGGUCCGUCCUACAUCGCAGCCGCAGUCAUCGAUGCGAUUCUCUCUGUCUGGCCAUCGUUUGCGGCUCUCAUGAUUCUCUACGUUCUAGCAUCCAACAACGCGUACAGUCUCUCAAGGCUUCACUACCAGGAGGAGGAUGAUGAACAGAGGGUCUGGGAUGAGCGAACACAGAGCACUUGAGGCCAACAUUCCGUAUGCUUCGGAAUUUCAGCAAGAAUAUUUGCCAUGUUUCAUAACGUUAUCUCUCUGUCUUUCUUUCUUCUAUUCCUCAUUUGUCGAGGUGGUGAUCCUCAACAGCGUUAGGGCACUCGUAGUCUGUAAAGUUGUUGUUGUUGUUGUGUUUAACGCCGUGGCGGCAAAGGCGCUGCCGCCCUUGCGGCCGACCUCCCGAGGGGUAUAUGGCGUGGAGGGCCGUAGGCUCAAGCUA